AUGAUAAAGGUGUACCUCAACGACAUGCUCGAGCACAACCAUGAGUACUUCGUCUGGAUAAACCCGCGGUACAAUCUAUUGAACGCUAGGCAAGUCAGACCAGGAGAGGUUUUAAAGGUCAAUAAACUAACCGCCGAUAGUCCCUUCGGCCACAAAGCUUUUCUAUUUAAGCCUGCGAUUGAAUACAACGGUACUGAAAAACAAAAGGCACAAUGGCUUCCACUUGCUCGGUCCGGCAAGAUACUCGGUACGUCUGCGCAAGCUGAACUUGGUCAUGGAUCAUUCGUGCGAGGUAUCGAAACUACUGCAAGUUUUGAUCCUGAUACCGAUGAGUUCGUUGUUCAUUCACGAACAAUCUCAUCAACAAAGUUUUGGCCUGCCGGGCUGGGCUUCUGGACGCCACACAAGGCAGUUAUGGCCAGCGGUGAAGACCAAGAUCCGCAUUUCUUCCUGAUGGGUGAUGUUGGCUUGAAGCUUGGUCAGCUCGCACGCGACAGUACUUUCACCAAAGAUCUCCUCCGCGCCAGGCUCUCAUACUCUGUCAUGAUGCUUGUUCGCGGCAGGAUACCUGGUAUUUUCACUGUUGAAUUAUCGCAGGCAUUAAAGAUCGCGACAAGACACUCAGUCGUGCAACAGCAAGGCCUUGGUCCUGCUGAUGCGCUGAAGGAUAAAGCGAGUAUCUUCCAGUGCAAGCAUCAGCACUUCCGUCUUCUUAGCAUGAUUGCUAAGACUUACGCCAUGUUCUUCGGCUCUCGGGUUUGCGACGAGCAGUAUAUCAAAUUGCGAGAGAUGCAAAACGAAAACGAUCACUCUCUUGCUCUCUGUUCACGCACUGACUACUGGCAUGAAGGCAUGCGUCACAUCCGAGGCUACCGAUGGUGCCGAAGACGCGCGCAAGCUGUGUGGUGGUCACGGUUAUAUGGCUAUCUCAGGUCUACGGAUAUCGUCGGUGCUCUGUCUGAUGGUGCGACGUUCGAAGGUGGAAACUACGUGCUGUGGCAGCAAGUCGGGCGACAUGUACUCAAGCAACUCGAUCGCUUACAAGAUGGUGAGCCGAUCGAGCCACAACUACAGUACUUGACCAAUGUUGAGGACCCGAAUAUCCCAUGUAGCGCAUUCGCAAUGCAGUUUCUCGACCCACAAGUACAAUUCGCCAUCUAUCUCGACCGCGUACACCGUCAACUCGUCAAAGCGCAUUCGGCAAUCCGAGCUUCCACUAGAUUGCCAGGGGACGCCUGGAAUGAGCAUAUGAUGCUGCUCAUCUCCACCUCACAAGCUCACAUCGAAUACUUCAUUCUCAAGUCCUUAAUUGACACCAUCUCAGCCCUCCGUGAUACUGCGUUAUCCAGUCUACGCACCGUGCUGAACCGAAUACGUUUUCUUUUCGCUCCUUUCACAAUUAUCAAUUCACGCACAGUCGACGCCCUAUCCGUGGUCGAGACAGCUGAUGCGCAUUCUCCAUAA